AAUACUAUCAUUGUCAGAUUUAUCCUUUAAAGGUGCAGUUCGUAUUGAUGACAUAAAAAUAUAAUUUGUAAAUAAACAUAAACUGUUAUAACUGUAAAAUAAAGUGCUGUGCAACUAUUCAGUUAAAAAAAAAAACGGAAAAAUGAAAAUUUUUGCAACAAUUUUUAUCAUUGGCAGUAUUCUUAGCACACUAAUGGCUGCUGGUCUUGAGGGCACUGCAAAGAAUAUUAUAAAUGGAACCGGUAAUUUUGGUAAUGUUCAAAUAAGUACGGACUUUAAAGGAAUGGUUAGUCAAUUGUUUACGGAAAUCCGAAAGGGUAUACACACUUCAGAGAAAACGAGUUCUUAUAAAGUACAAUCUUCGAAAGUUGUUGACGCUACCAAUAAAACAAGUGCUCAUAAAGUCCAACAUACGAAAGAAGUACAUGGUAAACAUAAAAAAAGUUCUUCAGAUCCAGUAGAUCGAAGUACAAACAAAUUCUUACAGUCAUUAUUCGUAUAAAGUUCAACCUUUGAAAGGAGUACAUAAUUCUAAUAGAUUUUUAAAAAUCCACUAUUAUGUAUUUUGAAAAUUAAGUUUUAAGAAUGAUAACUUUUUAUAGUCAUAUAUAUUUAAGAACAUCCUAGAUAAAAAAAAGUGAUAGACCCACAAUUUCAGAUAAAAAAGUGAUAGACCCACAAUUUCAUGAUAACUUUUUAUAGUCAUAUAUAUUUAAGAACAUCCUAGAUAAAAAAAGUGACAGACCCACAAUUUCAGAUAAAAAAGUGAUAGACCCACAAUUUCAGGGCUUCUCAGAUAUUUCUUAAUAUAAAUUCAAUAUAUUAUUUUAGGUGAUUUAAUUUAUUAUAAAAAUAACAAAUGCGUAAUUCCUACCCUGAUCAUCUAGAAAGGUGUAGGGCAAUAAAAAGGUAUA